AUGGGGCUCUUUGACAGAGGUGUUCAGAUGCUUUUAACCACCGUUGGUGCUUUCGCUGCCUUCAGCCUGAUGACCAUAGCUGUGGGGACCGACUACUGGCUUUACUCCAGAGGGGUUUGCAAGACUAAAACUGUCAGUGAGAACGAAACCAGCAAAAAGAAUGAGGAAGUCAUGACCCAUUCUGGAUUAUGGAGAACCUGCUGCCUGGAAGGGAAUUUUAAAGGUCUGUGUAAGCAAAUCGAUCACUUCCCUGAGGAUGCAGAUUAUGAAGCCGAUACAGCAGAAUAUUUCCUCCGGGCUGUUAGAGCCUCUAGUAUUUUCCCGAUCCUGAGUGUGAUUCUGCUUUUCAUGGGUGGACUCUGCAUUGCAGCCAGCGAGUUCUACAAAACCCGACACAACAUCAUCCUUAGUGCCGGCAUCUUCUUCGUGUCUGCAGGUUUGAGUAAUAUAAUUGGCAUCAUUGUAUACAUAUCAGCCAACGCUGGAGACCCCUCUAAGAGUGACUCCAAGAAGAACAGCUACUCCUACGGCUGGUCCUUCUAUUUUGGGGCCCUGUCCUUCAUUAUAGCCGAGAUGGUGGGAGUGCUGGCUGUCCACAUGUUCAUAGACCGGCACAAACAGCUGCGCGCCAAUGCUCGUGCCACGGACUACCUCCAGUCCUCCGCCAUCACCCGCAUCCCCAGCUACCGGUACCGCUAUCAGAGACGCAGUCGCUCCAGCUCCCGCUCCACCGAGCCUUCACACUCCAGGGAUGCCUCUCCCGUCGGGAUCAAAGGGUUCAACACCCUCCCAUCAACAGAGAUCUCGAUGUACACCCUCACCAGGGACCCGCUGAAGGCAAGCACCACCCCCACCGCCACCUACAACUCUGACAGGGAUAACAGUUUCCUCCAGGUUCACAACUGUAUCCAGAAAGAGAACAAGGACUCUAUCCACACCAACACAGCCAACCGCCGGACCACCCCGGUAUGAAGCCGUCGCCAGGAGCUGAAAAUGGGGCAGGAAUGGGCAGGAGGAGAUGGGGUGGGCUGCAGGGUGGGGAGGGUGGAAAGGGGCAGGGGGCAGCAGGUGGGUGGGAAGGAGGAGGUGGAAGCGCCCCUUGGUGGGGUGGGGACCUUCCCAAUGCAAAAAAAAAAAAAUAAAAAAAAAUCCAGAAAAAAAAAACAACAAAAGCAAACAAAAAACUGACAAAAAAAAGAAUAAAAAAACAACGAACGAACAAGCAGACAAGCAGACAAACAAGCGAGUGAACAAAAAAACCAGACAAAUGAAAAGGAAACAUGAGGAAAGAGACAACAGUGAAAAAAAUUCUUAAAAAAAAAGCAAAAGAAAAAAGGAAAAAAAAGAAAAACUUUAAAACUGAGAGAAAGAGAUUUAAAAAAUAGAAAUAAAUUUAAAAGAAAAUGCAUGAUUUCCCAUGUACCAUUAUUUUAACAUUUAAUAAAAACAGAUUAAAAAAAAUAAAAGGGAACCAAGAAAUAACAAAUGACAAUAAAUCGAGUGGGAGGAAGAGGAGGAGGAGGCAGCUUUUUGAAUUUUGGGGGUUUUAUUCUUUAAUUUUAUCGUUUGUUUCCCACUUACCCUUAACCCAUCACAGGCUCCUUGGGGGACAGAGCAUAGGGCUCAGCCAUCGACGACUUCGGUGUCCUUGGGCCAGUUAUGGAGGAUCCUGGAUGCCAGAAUCAACCAUGACUCACUCUGCUCCCCCAAGAUCCAUGGGGAUCCAAUCCAUUCCCCUGGGAUCCGUGGGGAUCUGCUUGUCCUCCACAGGUCUGUAGGGGUUUAGAGUGACUCCUGCCCCUAGGGAGUGCAGGAGCUGAUGCUGAGUCACCCUUCCACAGUGUCCCCAGGGGGGUCUCCACUUCCCCAGCCCUGGGGACCCCGGGGUCAAUGGUGACAGUGCAAAAAGCAAACAGACACAGUAAAUAAAGACAUACACAGAGACAAAAAAAUAAAAAAAAGGACAAAAAAGGUUUCUUAAAAAAAGUGGCAAUUUUUUUAAUGAAAAAACAGCUAUAAAUAAAUGUAAAUAUAAUAAGUGGAUUUACUUGCAAGAAGAACAGAUAGUAUUUUUUCUUUUCAUUUUUGUUUUCUUCAGCUUUAAACUGUGAAAAAAAAAGGAAAAGAGGCAAUGGGGAGCUGUGUGGGAGGCACAGGUAGAGGGGGGGGCUGGUGGAUGGGAAUCAGGGCUCUCAUCCCUUCAGGAUGUUGAUGCUGGGGGGACACACAUGGGAUGCUGGGGGGGGCAAGCAGCACGCACACACAUGUGUGCCCAUGCUCACACACUUGUGCCCUGGUGUGCACGUGCUCUCCUGUGAAUGCUCCAGAGGCUCCCCAGGGUGGCCAUGCACUGCCCAAAUCUUUCCAGAUCCCCCUUACGUCCCACCAGUGGGGCUGCAGCCAUGUGGGGAUGUGGUGAGGCCCACCCAGCAGACCCCUGAAAUAGCUCCUGUCCUCCCCUGGGCAAAACCAGCCGACCCUGAGCCAAUAUCAGCUGCAGACUGCUUGGCCUUGAUUCAUGUAGCCCCCCAGUCCCCAUCCCAGAGAGUGCCCUGCUCCGGGCCUGAGCCCCCCACGUCCCAGCCUCCAUGCCAGGGAGAGGUGCGGAGCCAUCGGGUGUUUCCAUGCCUGCUGGGUUUUGUUGUUCUCCCCACCCCUCUCCUGAUGGUCCAUGGCUGCCAUGGUCUCCCCCACAGCAGCAAGGCAAACUGGGUCCCCACCAUUCUGCCCUGGGAUCUUUGGCCUGGCUGCCGCCCCCUCUGUCCCUGCCAUGAUGGGGGAACAGGGCACAGGGGUGCCAGCUUUUAAUCCAGCUCCCCCCACAAUAGUCGCUGCUGACAGAGGCAGGAGGGGAGGUGGCAGCAGGGGAGAGCGGGGUACCCCUGUGACACCCCCGGAGACACUGGCCAGCCCAGAGCAAGGACAGGCCCCCUUUAGGGCUGCUACCCAAAAGUGGCAGUGCUCUGGGCAGGCACAAAGCCAAGGGAUUGCAAGAUGGGUCCACUGAGCCCUUCGGCAACUCAGACCCACUUUUCGACUUUUUUUCCGUCCCCAUUCCUGCUGCUCCAGUUUUAGGAGCUGCACAGUCCUCGCUUCAGAUCCCAGUGGGGUUUCUGCUUUAAAGCAGCCAGAUCUUCCCUGCUUCCCACCAACCCACUGAUACUUUAACUCCCCUUCUCUGCUCUGGGCUAUGGCAGGGGGCAGCAGCAGGACAGGAUCACCCCUAAAAACAGCAUCACAGGGCAAGAGCUGGAUGAGAGCCCCUUGGCUGGGUGUUCAGACCCCCCACCACCACCACUGACAUCCCCUCCCAUGGCCCUCCAAUCCUUUAAAAAAGACUCAGAGGGGACAUCCCACCCCUUCCGAUGCCCCCCGUGGAAUAAGUUAAAGCCAGUUCCCCAGAACCCAAAGUAGAGGGAAGGCAGUGUUGGGGUUUCCAUCCCCAGCGACCCUCACCCACCCAACACUGAAUGGAGCUGGGGAGCAUUCACAGGGCUGAGUACGCCCCCAGGGCCAGAUGGGAAAGAGAGAGUGAGGGAGUGCGCCGGAAGAGCGUGUGCAGGAGGUAAGAGCUGGAGGGGAAGAUUUUUCCCCAGGAUGUUGCUCACGUCCAGCUCAAACUAGUACAAGAAACCAACCUCCAUUUUCUUUAUCUCGUGGUUUUUUUCAGACUGUUAAAAAGAAAAAAAAUUUUAAAAAGAGAAAAUAACAAAAAAAAAUCCUGGUACAUGAAAUAAAGAUUUUUUUUUUUAUAA